CCUCGAAAUGUCAGUUUAAAACAGCCUGAUUCGGUUGGGAAUGUUUCAAGACAAGGAGCGCCCUUUACCACCUCGCAUCACUUUGUUCUGAUUAAAAAUGUCAGUGUUUCCAGUGCUGGCGCGUUGUGAGAUGAGCGCCUUUCACCGCCCCAGCCUGGGCAGCACUGUGGGGUGCAGCUGAGAGCCCCGGUGCUGUUCCUGCUCAUCCCUGGCCUCCAUCAGUAACUUAUGGGCCGGUGCUGAAGUGCUAUGGGGAUGCACUCACUUGCUCCAGACCCAUUUGAUCCCAGCGGGCACUGGGAGGAGGUGAUGGGAGCACGUAACUGCACGUGGAAUGGAUUUCUCGUGGUUUGCCGUGCCGGCAGCGUGCCCAUGGGGCUGUCUGUGUCUCCCCUUUCAGAUGCUCUGAUGUCUGCUGUCUGUGAAGCUCCCAACACCUGUGGUCGGCAGAUGCGCGGCUGUUAGCGGGAAGCCCCGAAUGAGCGAAAGAGACGUCCAAAGCUUGAGCAGAUGGGUUUUAGUGCUCACUCUCUGCCUUACCACGCUAUGGGGAAGACUGACGCUGGCCUCCGCCCACCACAGAAGCCAUUCAGCGCACGUGGAGCCCGGCACCUGCGAGGUCAUCGCGGCACACAGGUGCUGCAAUAAGAACAAGAUAGAGGAGCGCUCCCAGACCGUGAAGUGCUCCUGCUUCCCGGGGCAAGUGGCGGGCACGACACGGGCAGCCCCUUCCUGCGUGGACGCCUCCAUCGUGCUGCAGAAGUGGUGGUGCCAGAUGGAGCCCUGCCUCGCCGGGGAGGAGUGCAAGGUGCUGCCCGACCUCUCGGGGUGGAGUUGCAGCAGCGGCAACAAAGUGAAGACCACCAAGGUCACCCGGUAGCAUCCCCCCCCGGGGUCCUGCAGCUCGGAACCAGCCCCAAUGAUGUCGUGGUGCUGCCAGGCUGGGAUGGGACGGGAUGGUGCCAGCACUGCUACGACCACUGCUGCAAUGCCCCGCGGCUCCACAGCCCCUGCUACCCCGUGAUGCUCUCAGCGGCCAAGAAACAGGCUCGUUUUGCCAUCCUCUGAAAUAAAGUGCUCCAAGCGUUGACAGUUACAGAGACAGACCGACAGACAACAGGGCUUUAUUCCCAGCUAAAACAGCCAAGGUCAGUGCUGCAGGAGUCGCACCGAGACCUGCUGCUGCCUCUGUCUCCCAGACCUGGAAGCAGACCCAGCUGCCCACAGUGGCGGUACCGGGCGGUCCGGCACCUCCUCGGGCUCCAAAGGUGGCAAAACAUUUCUGCAGAGCACGCUGCUGGUUCUUCCUUCCUCUGUAAUUGCAUUCACGAGGCGGAGAGUUUAAUGCCUGUUCCUGCAGGGCCAGUCCCAGGCACCGAAUUGCUGCUCGUGUUCGCAUCGAGUUUCAGAAUAAAGAGGGGGAUCCAGGUGCUGGACACGUGCAGGCUGCCAUCCACAGCCCCAGGCUGAAUGCAGCAUUAAGGAAACGGGCACCGUGCCCCUCAGUGCGCUCUGUCCCCUCUCUGCAGCUGGAGGGGAGGUGGGGGCCCGCGGUCCCAGCGCGGAGGUGCUCCCGUUCUGGGGUACGUAACAGUGCUGCAGACUGAUGUACAUAGCAGACUGUGAAAUAUUAAAUCCAAUUUAACCUCUGCGGAAGAUCUCUUCAUUGCGAAGCUGAGGGGCAGGGGGCAGUGCCAGCGCUGGGUGAUGGGGGCUGAGGACCCCUCACAUGGCUCCGAUGCUCACAGCUGAUUUUUGGUGCCAUCGGACCACAGAGAGACGUUUCCACACCGGUUCCCCUACACACGAAAUUGCUUUGCUGGUUUGUUCAGACCUUUGUGGUUUGAAGUACUCAGGAUUUGGGCUUUCCUUCAGUUCCUUCCAUGGGAGGUGUUCUGAACGAGGGCGGGGAUUUUAAUUCGAGGAAGGCUGAUUUACACCUGGAAGGUGAGGGGGGGAUCCCUCAGGCCAUGGUCCGCAUCCCAUAACCCAGCAGAGCUUUGCAUCCAGGACGCGCUGUGGUUUGGGGAACAAACAGCCUUGGUGUGUGCUGAGCACUGAGCCCCCCUUGUUGUGUGCCACCAUAGGAGUAUGUAAAUACGGGCAGUGGGCAGCUCCCCCUGGCAGCAAACCCUUCCCAGCAUCGGGUGCUGCACCUCCUGCUCUCAGAGGGGGGCCAGGAGAUGCAGCACGGCCCCAUCCCCACCGAGCGUGGUCCCCACAGCAGGCACAGCCCCUGGGGGCUGUCACGGUUCAGGUGCUUCCGUAUCAUCUCCUGGGUAUUGUAAUUACGCCUCGUUCAAUUAGUCUUCGAGGGGAGAAAAAAAAAAAAAAAAAAA